UGAUCAACGUUUCAUCGAAAACACAUCGCCAGCCUUGCUCCAAAGGCCUCAAGGCCCGUAGUGGGGGGCAUUCCGACGUAUCGGCAAUGGGUAUCCCCGGGAAAUUCGGCGCCUCGGUUGUUGUGCCACCAGACCGGCGGGUGGCACAAGGCCGGGCUGAUUUCCGGUUCACGGCGUCGAUUGCCGGCACCAUGAGCGAGCCCACCACAGCCCCCUAGUAUUUGCUGCCCGUGUUGUGCAGGGGCUCGAGUCUCGGGAUCAGCCUAUUCCGCUGCGGGGACAGAGAGGCCAACAGCCUGGUUGCCUGCAGUGAUUCCACAAUUUUCUCGUGACCCACAGAACACAUAAACCCGGCUCUUUCGAGAGCGAGGUAGCGUCCUCAUCGGUACUCGGGUGGUAGAGGUGGUUUCGAUUCCACAAUGUAUCUUCGAAGUGUGGCGUUGGCAAGUGCCGACGGUCGUUUGCGUGGUGUGCAGCGCGAGGUAUCGAGGAGGGAAGCGCGGCACCUCAGCGGAGCCCGACGAGGACGGGCAGCGGAAGUGGGAUUAUGGAAAGAUCACUCCGUCUCAGAUCCGUUCUCGUCUCCCACUAGGCAUGGCGGAAGACAGAGCAUGACCAUACCUAGCCGCCACUGUCGCCAUCUCAACAAGACGCAGACGGUGGCGGCGGCACUAAAACACAUCGAGUCGUUGGGGGCGCACAGCACCAUCGGAGUCAUGCAAGAGCCCACGCUGGCUGCAUGA